ACUAGGGUAAUGUACUCGCCUUGAUAACGUUGAAGACGGAAGUGAUAGGAAUAAAGUAUACGCCCUAACGAACGUUCAACGUACGGACACCUCUAUCAACUUCAAGCUUCCAACGUCGGGUCUUCUCUACGAUACUCUUUGGGAGUUCCUAAUAAUCGUUAGAGAAUCGACGAUAAGAGUUUUGAACGGAAUGGAAAGAAUAUUGAAAAGAAAGUAGUCAAACCCGAGAGGCCCGUCGCCACCGACGCAGUCUCGGUAUUUUGACCAUAUCUCCUUCGUUUCGCAACGAAAUUGCAAACCGUUUGAUGUGUUGGAUUUGCGAGACACGAGGCUACAACGUUUGUUCAGAAAUCAAACUGAAAUAAUGACGUUAAGAUAUAUGAAAAUGGCUCACAAGCGACAGCAGAAGCAACGCCGCCCUUGGUCUUCUUCGAUUGAGAGUCGUCGAACAACGGCGGUGACGGGCCAAACCAGCGGCGACAACCCUUCGACAAGGAUGUCCGGAGCAGAGUUGCGACCGGAAUCUAACGACCUCAGCAGCGGCGAGGUGGAGACCAACAAAUUCUUCUCCAGCAAAUCAGCGACGCCACAUCGCUCAAUCCAACGGCAAGUUCCGGCGGCGACGCUGGUGAAGGACCACACUAGACCAUCGACGAAUUUCGCUGGAGACCCCUGUCCAGCGACCUCCGUUCCGGCGACGGUGGGUCAGCAGCGGGCGGGCCUCUGUUCCGGCGAACAACUUCCAGUCAUGGUGUUUCUCUGGCGAGUGACCUCCAGCGACUGGCAGGUUUAGACCUUGACCAACAGCGCCAGUGUCGACGACCAAUUUGGGUGACCAGCACCGGGUGACAUUUCCUUCAAAUGAAUCGAACCAACGAGGUUAGUAUGUGGACAUCUAACACUAGAAUAUGCAUAUAUGUUUGAAAUUCCGUUCAUAGUUAUUAUCAUGGUUGAUCUGCGUGAAUUACGUGACUGAACUAUUUGAUGGUGGUUUCGGGGACUAUGCCAAUUGAAAAGGGUAGUAUGCAUGAUCUAGAUGCCGAUUGAUGAAAUAAUGUGCUUGAUAAUAAUUAGAAUGGUAAUAU